GCUGGAGGAGGCGUGGGGCCGCGCAGCGGGGCUGAUUGCCGGAACUGGAGCCCUCUGCCGGGGCGGGGGGCGCGCGGGCUCUGCGGGGCUGGCAGGUGUGCUGCGCGUGCACCUAGCGAGCGAUGGCGCCGGACGCGGGCGCCCCGGGAUAGCGCGGGCUAGGUGGCGGCGCCCGGUUGGGGCAGCAAUGGAGCUCCUUCGGCUGCUGCUCCUGGCUGUGUUGGCGUCGGAACCGGCGGCGGCCGCCGGAGCCGAGACCGUCGGGAACUCCAGCGAGGGUCUUCUUGAAUUUUCUGUGGGGAGAUUUAGAUACUUGGAGCUCAAGAAGCCCUCUCCAGAGGAAGCUAUUUUGCGUCAUAUUUCCAGCAAUGUCACUUUUCUUAUUUUCCAAAUACAUUCACAGUAUCAGAAUACAACAGUUUCAUUUUCUGAGACUCUCCUUCCCAAUGCCUCGGGAACAGGCACUGACAAAGGACUGGUUUUCAUUCUUAGACCAGAGCAGAGUAUAUGCACUUGGCACUUGGAGACUUCAGACCCUGAGCCUGUCCAAAAUGUGGCCAUUCCACUCUCCUACUCAGAAAGCGAUCCUAUCCCUGGUGGUUGUAAUUUGGAGUUUGAUUUAGAUAUCGAUUCCAACAUUUACCUGGAGUAUAAUUUCUUUGAAACAACUAUCAAAUUUGCUCCAGCAAACCUAGGUCAUGCGAGAGGCGCAGAUGCUCCGCCGUGUGACGUCAAGACGGGCCAGGACUCCAGGUGGAGGUUACAGUAUGACGUCUAUCAGUAUUUUUUGCCGGAGAACGACCUCACUGAAGAGGCAUUGCUAAGGCACCUGCAGAGGAUGGCUGAGGUGCCUCAGGUGCAGGCCAAUGCUCUCAAGGUGGUUACCCUAACAGCUGAUGAUAAGACAAGUGUUUCUUUCUCCUCCCUCCGGGGACAAGGUGUCAUUUACAACGUCAUCGUUAGGGAUCCAUUUCUAAAUACGUCUGCAGCUUACGUCCCUGCUCACACGUACGCUUGCAGCUUUGAGGCAGGGGAGGAUAAUUGUUCUUCCCUUGGAAGAGUAUCUACCAAAGUGUUCUUCACUCUUUUUGCCCUGCUUGGUCUCUUCAUCUGUUUCUUUGGACACAGAUUCUGGAAAACAGAACUAUUCUUUAUAGGCUUUAUCUUCAUGGGAUUCUUCUUUUAUAUACUGAUUACAAGACUGACACCUAUUAAGUAUGAUGUCCGCCUGGUUCUGACAGCCGUUGCCGGAAGUGUCGGUGGGAUUUUCUUGGUAGCUGCUUGGUGGCGAUUUGGAAUCCUUGUGCUCUGCAUGCUGUGUGUUGGACUAGUGCUGGGGUUCCUCGUCUCAUCAGUGACUUUCUUCACUCCACUGGGAAACCUAAAGAUUUUCCGUGAUGACUCAGUGUUCUGGGUGACCUUCUCUUGUAUAGCUAUUCUCAUUCCAGUGGUUUUCAUGGGCUGCCUAAGAAUACUGAACAUACUGAGUUGUGGAUUCAUUGGCUCCUAUUCGGUGGUCUUGGCCGUUGACAGUUACUUGUACACAAGCCUUUCCUACAUCACUUUGAAUGUACUGAAGAGAGUGCUCCACGUGGAUUUCCGCAGAGCUUUCAUAAAUGUGCCUUUUCAAACGAAUGACUUUAUUAUCCUGGCAGUAUGGGGCAUGCUGGCUGUAAGUGGAAUUACGUUACAGAUUCGAAGAGAAAGAGGGCAACCGUUUUUCCCUCCCCACCCAUACAAGUUAUGGAAGCGAGAGCGUGAGCGCAGAGUGACGAACAUCUUGGACCCCAGCUACCACAUCCCUCCACUGAGAGAGAGGCUCUACGGCCGAUUAGCCCAGAUCAAAGAGCUCUUUCAGAAGGAACAGCCAGCUGGUGAAAGAACGCCCCUGCUUCUGUAGAUGCGGAGGGCUUGGUCAGUGCAAUCUUGAAGUACAACCCAGGUACUGCCUCAGAUUGGGUGUUGCUGCCUUGCUGCUUCAGCAGUCUCUGGGGCAAGUCUGCUAAGAAACCAGCUUCUGUGUCCGUGCUUUGUACAGUAUUGUGGUAUCCUUAUUGAUACAGGGUAAGGGUAUACCAGGGAGAUGACAGUAAUUCUAAGUGAGAGGGAGAAAGAUGGCCAAAAAGUUGGUGGUAGGGAGGUUCUUCCUUAUUAUAAAAUACGUAAGGAAUUACCUUUUGGUUUAUAAAUAUGUGUCAACUUAUUCCACUAAAUAGAUACACUUAAAAAAAAAAAAGGAACUUGAAAAAAGGGGGUUUUUUUUUAAAGCCCUGGGCUUUUUUUUUUUUUUUUUAUAACACCUUGAACAAUUCUGUCACCUGAGUCUGUCCAAACUCGGGGGCCAGGGCACGGAGAGUGGUUUAAUUUAAGGGUUGGAUUGAACUUUUAUUUGUCACUGUGUUUGGAGCUUUGGGAAUUUGAAACUGGGCCUUUGAACUUCAGAGUACAAAACAGGGAAAACUAACUUAUUUUCUUACUAAUAGCAGUCUGAUUACUUAGUUGCAUCUUUCUUAGUAUUAUAUAUUAUCAAAAAGUACCCUUCUUUUGUUUAUGGUAAAAUACAUAUUUACUGUAUCGAUCAUUUUUUAAGUAUAUAGUUCAGUAGGUACCCCUCGUCUUUGCCUUUUAUUGCUUAAAAUGGUAUUUUAAAUAGCUAAAUUAUUCCAAUUAUUUGAAAGUAGCUCCAUUUAUAUAGAUAAUAGAGCUUUUAUAUGGAUGAUUUAUUUAUAUUCCAGAUUAAAAAAUGGCCUUUUUGUUUUUCUUUCAAGACCUUUUAAAAUAGUGUUGACAGCUGAUCUCUAAUUGAAACUGCAUUCGAUGACGUAUGAAUUGUUUUAUUUUUAGGAGACAGAUUGGCUCCUAGCUUCAUCCAUAAUCCCAUUAAUAGGGAAACCUUUAAAAAAUUUGCAUUUUGUAGUUCUUUCUGCUAAAUUAGUUGUUAGAGCAUUGGCACAGUUUCAGAAAAUCUGUGCAUGAAGCCUUUGUUUGUCCUGUCCGUGUUGUAAAGCGCUGAGGAGGGCGUCAGAAAGGACUCAGGUGUUUAAUAGAGCUGCUUUCAGUGACUUGGACUCUGUAAGGAGAGUCCCUUCAGUUUUGACUUUGUUCCACCACGAGAAAGCGCCCGAUGCCCUGGGCUGCAUCCCUUCUCCUCACGGCCUUUUAACUGUCAGAGCCUCUGCCGAGGAGGUUCUGCCUUGCAUUUAGAGCUGGGGACUCUGACGUGCCUGAGUGGCCUUGGGGUCGGUUGUGGUUGUUGCAUUCCCAUUUGUAAGUUAACCGCUGUUUAAACGAUGCUGCUUUUCAGAGGUUUUCAAUGGACAGUAGGUUUCUGAAGUUUCGGGUAACUGGAAAAUUUUCAACUUUCGCUCUUAAAAGUGUUCCGGUAAGGUUGAAACAAAAUGAAAAAUGUAUGACUAAUCAUUUCUUGCAUUGAAAAAUUAUACACAGGUGUUUGUUUACUAUUUAUUUUGUAAUCUUCACUGUUUAUAUAACCUCAAAAACACUUAAACUUGAAGAAAAAAUGUGUUUUCUUAAUAAUUCGCUGUAGGGAUUCUGGAUUCUGCUGUAUUGUUGUAAAUUCUAACAAAGUUAUAUGGAAUAUGUGUGAAUUUUUUCCUAUACCAUCAAAAUGCACUGACAGUAAAGAGUAUAAAGACAAAACACACUUUCUUGGAGAGGGGAGACGUAUUGUUUAAAAUUUUUCAUGAUAAUUUUUUUUUUGUGAGUAAUAAGUCAGUUCGUAUAAUUUUUUAAUAAUAAAUACCUAUUUUGAAAAAA